AGACAUAUCCACCUGUCCAAAGGCGUAUCCCUCUUUCAUCCCCAGUGCAGGCACAGAGACGCACAUUUUCAGUGCUGCGCACCAGAACCUUCCUCUGGGAGAAGCUCAACUCAGCCUUUGCCAGGAGGACGGUGAGAUGUCGGGUCUUCCCACGCCAGACGCCAGCCCGGAAUUCCCAAAGCCGAUGAGCAAGGCUGGGCGGCAGCAUCCCUAUGAGAAGAAGGCUACAGACGCCAUCGAGGCGGUUUCAGGGAAGUCUCAACCCACCUUCCCCCUCUCCAGGCGCCAUGGCAACAGCCGUGGCGAGGACCACGAGGUUUGGCGCAACGAGCGUGCCACGGGAGACUUUCAUCACUGCCACAAGUCCUGCGCCCCGGCACCGGCCGACGUGUCGGCGCUGGACGAACUGCUCAAGCACAUCCAAGAGGUCAGCGCCUCAGGAAGCGGAGGCAUCAAAGUCCUGACGUCCGCGUCCUCUUCCUCAGCAGAGCAUCAUCAUCGCCAAGGCAACCGGCACCACGACAACGGCCCGUAUCACCUGCAGGGAAUCCCUAAGACGGAACCAACUUCACACCCCGGCGCCCCCACGCUACUCUGGGAAGGCCUGGGCAAAAGGGCGGACAUCAUGCCCAGUCCAAACUCCGUCAAGGCUGUGGCGGGGAUUCCGUCCUCGCGGGUCAUCCUAGAGAUGCCCGCCCACUUGCAGCGGCAUGCCCUCGUCAAGAUGGGCGGCGGCCUGCCGCGUCACCACAGCUUCAACCAGCGUGCGGCGCCGCCCUUCCUGGCCAGGAUGAACACCAACAGCAGCAGCAACGGGCCGCCCGCCGCCAGCGCCUGUCUGACGCGGCAACACAGCUACAGUGAAGGACCGCAAGCCCGACGGGCGGCCGUCGUGCGGCGAACCGUGUCUCUGAAACCCAAAGUCCCCCCCAAGCCCUUGUUCCUUCCCAACGUGGCCACGUCCGCGCUCUACGAGGCGCCAAAGGACCACUACUGAGGCGCUCAAGAAGGAGAAAAGAGAGCGUCUUCUUUGAUCGGUAGCAUGAAGAGACGGCCCCUCCCACUUUGCAUCACAUGACCCUCAGGCUGAGGUACCUCUCCCCAGAACCUUUUGUACCAUAUUGGUAUGUGUCACUCCGCUAAGGGGGCGGGGCUUCUUGCAAGAGCAAUAACACGGGCUAACAGACGAGGUUAGCAUGUGGCUAGGAACUUUCCCACUUUUGGAUCUGGAGUUGAAAUAAAGUUUUCAAACAACAAAAAAACCCAGUUGUUAUCGAGGCCUUUUAAACUGAAAUCCUGAACAGGAAGAGGAAAUGACCUCGGUUACUCAUGUUGCUACAUUUUUGUAAUAGACAAAGUUCAGUGGGCGGGUUGUGUGACCAGAUUAGUAGAUUGUUUUCCUCCCUGCGCCAUGACUAGGGAAGGUUGUUUGGAUUGGGUCAUAUAAGUUCAUGCUGUGCACACAUUUUCAGGUAAACAUACUUCAAACUGAGUUACUCAUGUUAUGUUUUUUAAUAAUCCACAAAGUUCAAUGGGCAGGUUUUGUUAUGUGUGACCAGAUUAGUAGAUUUUUUCCCCCCUGCGCCAUGACUAGGGAAGGUUGUUUGGAUUGGGUCAUAUAAGUUCAUGCUGUGCACACAUUUUCAGGUAAACAUACUUCAAACUGAGUUACUCAUGUUAUGUUUUUUAAUAAUCCACAAAGUUCAAUGGGCAGGUUUUGUUAUGUGUGACCAGAUUAGUAGAUUUUUUCCCCCCUGCGCCAUGACUAGGGAAGGUUGUUUGGAUUGGGUCAUAUAAGUUCAUGCUGUGCACACAUUUUCAGGUAAACAUACUUCAAACUGAGUUACUCAUGUUAUGUUUUUUAAUAAUCCACAAAGUUCAAUGGGCAGGUUUUGUUAUGUGUGACCAGAUUAGUAGAUUUUUUCCCCCCUGCGCCAUGACUAGGGAAGGUUGUUUGGAUUGGGUCAUAUAAGUUCAUGCUGUGCACACAUUUUCAGGUAAACAUACUUCAAACUGAGUUACUCAUGUUAUGUUUUUUAAUAAUCCACAAAGUUCAAUGGGCAGGUUUUGUUAUGUGUGACCAGAUUAGUAGAUUUUUUCCCCCCUGCGCCAUGACUAGGGAAGGUUGUUUGGAUUGGGUCAUAUAAGUUCAUGCUGUGCACACAUUUUCAGGUAAACAUACUUCAAACUGAGUUACUCAUGUUAUGUUUUUUAAUAAUCCACAAAGUUCAAUGGGCAGGUUUUGUUAUGUGUGACCAGAUUAGUAGAUUUUUUCCCCCCUGCGCCAUGACUAGGGAAGGUUGUUUGGAUUGGGUCAUAUAAGUUCAUGCUGUGCACACAUUUUCAGGUAAACAUACUUCAAACUGAGUUACUCAUGUUUUUUUAAUAAUCCACAAAGUUCAGUGGGCAGGUUUUGUUAUGUGUGACCGGAUUAGUUGAUUUUUUCCCCUGUGCGCCAUGACUAGGGAAGGUUGUUUGGAUUGGGUCGUAUAAGUUGAUGCUGUGCACACAUUUUCAAGAACGGAAAUACUCACUUGGUUACAUUUUUAUAAUCCAAAAGCCAAUUUGCUCAACUUACCUUUAACUCUACUUUUUUAUUAUUAUUAUUAUCUUCAUGAUUUCUCACAAUAAAUAUAAAUAGAAACAGAUAAAUACCCCCCCCUAAAAAAGGGUAUUUCUGUCCGUCGUACAUUUUUUUUCCGUCUACGGAAAGUUUUUUUGUAGAGAAUAAAUGAUGAAAAAAACACUUAACUGAAUGGUUUAAAAGAGAAAACAGGGAAAAAAAUGAAAAUUACAUUUUGAAACAUAGUUUAUCUUCAAUUUCGACUCUUUAAAAUUCAAAAUUCAACUGAAAAAUAUGAAGAGAAAAACUCGCUAAUUCGAAUCUUUUUGAAAAAAUUAAAAAAAUAACUUAUGGAACAUCAUUAGAACAUUUUUUCCUGAUUAAGAUCAAUUUUAGAAUUUUGAUGACAUGUUUUAAAUAAGUUAAAAUCCAAUCUGCACUUUGUUAGAAUAUAUAACAAAAUGGACCAAGCUAUAUUUCUAACAAAGACAAAUCAUUAUUUCUUCUAGAUUUUCCAGAACAAAAAUUUUAAAAGAAAUUCAAGACUUUGAAAUAAGAUUUAACUUUGAUUCUACAGAUUUUUGAUUUGCCAGAAUAUUUUUGUUUUAUUUUAAUCAUAAUACAGUGGUCCCCAACCUUUUUGUAGGGGGAGGGGGAUGUUUUUUUGUUUUUGUCGUGAAAAAGGGAGUUUUUUUGGGUUAGUGCACUAAUUGUAAGUGUUUUUUAUGUUCAUUUAAAAAAAAUUAAAAUAAAUAAAUAUAAUGUCAAAAAACAAAAAAACACAUUUUUUUUUUAAUUCUUCUGCGGUUUGGUACCGGGUCGGGGGAUUUAUUUAUUAACUUUUUUUUUUUUUUGUCGUGAAAAAGGGAGUUUUUUUGGGUUGGUGCACUAAUUGUAAGUGUUUUUUAUGUUCAUUUAAAAAAAUACAAAAAAAUAAAUAUAAUGUCAAAAAACAAAAACACAUUUUUUUUAAAAUUCAAUCAAUCAAUCAAUCAAUGUUUAUUUAUAUAGCCCCAAAUCACAAAUGUCUCAAAGGACUGCACAAAUCAUUACGACUACAACAUCCUCGGAAGAACCCACAAAAUUAAGAAUUAAAUUCUUCUGCGGUUUGGUACCGGGCCGGGGGAUUUAUUUAUUUACUUCUUUUUUUUUUUUGUCGUGAAAAAGGGAGUUUUUUUGGGUUGGUGCACUAAUUGUAAGUGUUUU